AGCAUAAACAAGGUCGCUCAUGUCGACCGCAACCCCUAAACCGGGCUGUUAACGGAAGAGCUGUUUGUGUUGAUGUUUCCCGCAGCCUGACCUCCAUACUCACUCGUUCACUCGCUCACUUACUCACUCUUCACCUGCCCUCACUCCUUCAUAGGAUGCAAUAUGCUGCAUCUCUCGGCUCCAUCGGCCUGCUCCGGCUGCUGGGAGCGUCCUGGUCCUGGAGUGUGGCAGCCGGUCUCGGGGUGUACCUGGGUUCGGGGGGCUGGAGGUACCUGUAUGUGGCUGUACGCACCGCCAAAAGAGACAUCAAUGGUCUGUAUGUGCUCUUGCGUGUGAAGCUGGCACUUUGGCGAUACAUGCAUAAUGGAAGCACGAUCCCUUCCAUCUUCGCCGAGACGGUGGCUCGCCACCCCGAUAAGCCUGCUCUGGUGUACGAGGCCACCGGGGAGACCUGGACCUUUUCCGAGCUCGAUCAGCUAUGCAACGCAGUGGCUCACUGGGCUCUGAGCCAGGGCUGGGGCUCGGGGGACGUGGUGGCCCUGUUGAUGGAAAGCAGGCCUCUGCAAGUGGCGCUUUGGCUCGGCCUGGCCAAAAUCGGUGUCGAGUCGGCACUCAUCAACUUUAACCUGAGGCGCGACUCCCUUAUGCACUGCCUGGGUGUGUCUGGGGCCCGGGCAUUAGUGUUCGGAGCGGAGCUAGCUGAUGCUGUGUCAGAGGUGAACACUUCACUGAAUGACUCCAUGAUUCGUUUCUGCACCGGUGACCUCAGUCCUGAUCAGAUGGCAACUCUCUGUGCUCAGUCUUUGGACUCUGUGCUGGCUUCGACCCCACGUCAUCCUCCACCUUGCACCCAUUCGAAGGGUUUCAGUGAUCGCUUGUUCUAUAUCUACACCUCUGGUACCACAGGACUCCCCAAAGCUGCUAUUGUGGUACACAGUCGGUAUUAUAGAAUAACUGCUUUUGGCUAUUAUGCUUUCCGCAUGACUCCAGAUGAUAUCAUCUAUGACUGCUUGCCCCUCUACCAUUCAGCAGGUAAUAUAAUGGGUGUUGGCCAGUGUUUACUCAACGGACUGACUGUAGUAGUGAAGAAGAAAUUUUCAGCCAGUCGCUUCUGGGAAGACUGCAUCAAAUACAACUGCACUGUUGUGCAGUAUAUUGGGGAGAUUUGCCGCUACCUGCUGUCCCAACCAGUGCGUCCGUCAGAACGUGGCCACCGUGUGAGGCUGGCUGUGGGAAAUGGGCUCAGACCCAGCGUUUGGGAGGCUUUCACCCAGCGCUUUGGCAUCAAACAAAUCGGAGAGUUCUAUGGAGCUACAGAAUGUAACUGCAGCAUUGCCAACAUGGACGGCAAGGUGGGAGCGUGUGGAUUUAACAGCAGGAUCCUGCCCAGUGUCUACCCUAUCCGGCUAGUGAAGGUAAACGAGGAAACCAUGGAGCUGGUUAGAAAUAAGGAUGGGCUUUGUGUUCCAUGUCAACCUGGGGAACCGGGGCUGCUGGUGGGUAAAAUCAACCAGAAGGACCCUCUGCGUCGCUUUGACGGCUAUGCUAAUCAAGAAGCCACCAGGAAGAAGAUUGCCUAUAACGUUUUCAAGAAAAAUGACUCAGCCUACUUAUCAGGUGAUGUUCUGGUGAUGGACGAGCUGGGCUACAUGUACUUCCGGGACCGCAGUGGUGACACGUUUCGCUGGAAAGGGGAAAAUGUCUCCACCACUGAAGUGGAAGGAACACUGAGCAGCCUGUUGGGCCAGACAGAUGUGGCUGUGUACGGAGUAGCUGUGCCAGGUGUGGAGGGAAAAGCUGGAAUGGCAGCCAUUGCCGAUAUGAAGGGGAACUUUAACUGUGAAUGUUUCCUGAAAGAAAUACAGAAGGUGCUGCCUCCAUACGCCCGGCCAGUCUUUCUCCGCAUCUCCCCUCAUGUAGACACUACAGGUACGUUUAAAAUUCAGAAAACCAAGUUACAGAAGGAAGGAUUCGACCCUCGUGUAACAACCGACCAGAUCUACUUUCUAAACUCCAGAGCAGGACGAUAUGAGGUAGUUAAUGAGGAGAUGUAUAAUGCCUUAAUGGACAGUAAGGUGUCUCUGUAAGUAGAGGUCAGGUCUGACGAGCUGUGGCACUUCAGGGAUCAGUUACAGAGAUGCAGAAGGUUUCAGGUGUGUUCCGUUCUGCUCAUGUUACAACAGAUGUUACAUAGCACACUGUUUAAUUGAAUAGCACUGAUUAAUGGAGUAGCACUACAUUUAAAAAGGUUUUACAGAGUGUAUGCUGUGCCUUGGUUAUGAGACGCACAUUAGGAUUAAGGGGUUUUUUACUAGGGUGUUGAGUUACCAGCCAAAAGUACUGUCUGAUAUGGAUGUUUUUUGUUCAAAGAGGCAUGUUACGUUUAGAAUGAGGUCAAGAUGUGCUUGCUAAAAGAUUUUAAUGAUUUAAGUAAUUAUUUUAUGCUGGAUAUGCAACUUGUAGCUGCCCUUAUUAGCCAAUCAAAUGGCUAAUGAGUGUAGAUACAUGGAAAGUAAGUGACAAGUUCUCUAACAGUGUUUUUCUAAAUGUUUUAGUUUCUCUCUCUCUCUCUCUCUCUCUCCUCUCCUCUCUCUCUCUCUCUCUCUCCUCUCUCUCCUCUCUCUCUCUAUCCAGUUUUGUUGGCCCAUCCUGAGAGAGUCUAAAGCAGUAUUAAACAUUAUUAUAUAGUAAAACACAUUUUAGCAAUACCUAAAACUUUUAAACGAGUGUGUAGUUUACUUUUCUAGUAAGUCAUUCUUCUUCAGGUUGCUAAACACUAAAAUUGUUGUUACUCUAAACCCUGACCUCUUAUAAAAUGUAUUUUAUUGGUUAUAGAUGUAUAUUUUUAAAACCACUCAGUAAAACAAUGUGCCUUAAUUAUGUUUCCCCGAUCCAUAUUCUAUUAAUGGAAUAGGCUAAUGUCUAGAUUAAAAUUAAAGAUUAUAAUUAAGCAUUUAUGCAAGGUUGUAAUUUAAUUUAGACAGCAGUUAGGAAACAGAAUUUUAUAUUACUGUGAAUGCUGACAUUGCCCCUUUUCUAACCUGGUGUCAAUGUAAAUCAAGCUAAUUAAAAAUGUAAUUAAAACUCUUCA